AAUAAUGAUUUUUGUUCAUCCUGUGGGUUCGUUGGACGGUUCUUAUGCUGUGAUGCAUGCCCCAAGGCGUUUCACUUUACUUGCGUGGAUCCACCAAUGGACGACAGUGACGUGGAACAUCUAGAAGGCGAAUGGUAUUGUCGUGAAUGUGAGCAUAAACGCAAAAUCACUGCCCUUUUCCAUCGAAUGAUCCAAGAUCUGGAUUCCCGAAACCCUGUGGCCUAUCGCCCACCUAUCGAAGUCAUCAACUAUUUUGAAGGCGUUUCUAUGGACAAAGUUGGCCAAUAUGUUGAUUCUUCAACCAUCAAACCAGUACGACACAAGUGA